CCCUGCCAUCGCCGUUUGCUUGGGCCGACGGCGUGGUCGAGGCUGGUUUUGAGGCAGACAGCUUCCGGUAGAAGCGAACUCCUGGAAAAGGGGUCUGGCUGGUUGCUUGUUGCGGAGGGAGAGGAACCGAGAGCCUUUGAAGCUCAGUGCACAAGCUAGCUCGAGAGACACUCGCAUGUCAAAUCCGUUGAUUUCCAUCAGUAUCUUUUAAUACAUUUCUGUGGUCUUGUGGGAUCCAGUCGCCUCGGUUUAACCCGAUUGUGUUGCCGACUUUACAUUUCAUUUAACCCUUUGGCGUUUUCUUCGAAACCCAGGAAGAAUGCCGCAAUUGCUCUUGCCCCUUGGGAACAGCAAGCCCGGGAGUGUCUAGAAUCCCGUUUUUGCCAUCGGGCUGAUAAGAUCAGGAUCAGGAAGGGGCGUAUAUUCGAAAUCGCGUUAACACUCCUCACUUUUAACAAUCGGAUGACUACCGAUGGUGAUAUCGCCCCCUCUGUAAUGCAAACUGUACUUCCAGGUAGGAGGGUGCUAGUGUGGAAUGGAACCCGGGGUGGUAGUUAUUCUGGAUUAAUUAUUGCUCGUGGGGCGUGAUCUCGUGCGUGUGGCCUUCACGGUGCAAGGAGCCCAAACGCCCCGCACUAAAGGCGGGGUUUGUGAGCCUGAGACUGAAGCAAGGCGGGGGGAGGGCAGCGGUCUGGGCUGCCUGCAAGGAAACCAGCCGAUCCAGGGAUUCCCUGGUGCCUGUUCCCUCGGAAGCAAAUCCCCCCCGAUUCCAAUGAGACUGACUCCCAAGUAACAGCGGACAGGGAUCGCAGGCCUCCCUGACGAAUCGGGGAGCAGACAAGGUGCGCUCUAGCGCAGGAUCCGACCUCGAUCCUCGGCUUAGGAAGGCGGGGGGGGGCGCGUCUUUGUCCACCCCCGGUCUGGGAGGACCACACUCCAUCCAUCAGCGGCAAGAGGCGUGGCCUAGCUUAGUCCCCGCCUCUUUCUUGAGCUCGGCAGCAGCGCCGGUUCCGAGACUUCGGUGGAGCUUCCAGGAGGCAGCAAAAAUGUCAUCUGGCGCUGGGCCCCCCAAGAGCGGAUCCCCGCUGAGGAAGCGGGCCAGUCUUCAGGCUCCCAUCACAGGAGAGAUCCACGGAGGGCCACGGUCCCGCCAGUUGCAGCCUGCGCGCUCCCUCCCGGGGCCUCCCCACUGCCUGAAGCAUUUUCCUGUUGACCUGCGCACCUCCAUGGAUGGCAAGUACAAAGAGAUAGCCGAGGAGCUGUUCUGCCGUUCGUUGGCUGAGAGUGAUAUGCGCAGUGCCCCCUAUGAAUUCCCAGAAGACAGCCCCAUUGAACAGCUGGAGGAGAGGCGCCAACGGCUGGAGCGGCAAAUCAGCCAGGAUGUGAAAUUGUUUAAGGAGCAGGGAGAGGACCUGGUGGACCAGUAUCCCAAAGAACGGGAUGUGCUUCUGGAAAGGGAGUUCCAGAGGGUCACCAUCUCCGGAGAAGAGACGUGCGGGGUGCCUUUCACAGACCUGCUGGAUGCUGCCAAGAGUGUGGUGAAGGCCUUGUUCAUUCGGGAGAAGUAUAUGGGGCAUUCUUUGCAAAGCUUCUGCAAGACCACAGCCCGCUUCCUACAAGACCUUUCAGAAAGGCCUUUGGCCCCCAGGCUGUAUGAGGAGAUCCCCGAGACCCCUGGGGCUGGAGAUGCUUCAGGGCACUCGCCGUUUACAAACCAGCAUCCUUAUGAGAAGUGUGACCCUGAAUCAAUGCCUGGAGACCUUGGCUUUGGCCUGAAGAUGGUCAAUGGAGUAGUCCAUGUGUACACUAAGCAGGACAUCACCGACAAGACCACAGAACUAGACUUGCCUUACCCUGACCUGCAGGAGUUCAUUGCUGACAUGAAUGUGCUAAUGGCUCUGAUCAUCAAUGGUCCAAUAAAAUCCUUCUGCUACAGACGCUUGCAGUACCUGAGUUCAAAGUUCCAGAUGCACGUCCUGCUCAAUGAGAUGAAAGAACUGGCAGCUCAGAAGAGGGUUCCGCACCGCGAUUUCUACAAUAUCCGGAAGGUGGACACGCAUAUCCAUGCAUCAUCCUGCAUGAACCAGAAGCAUCUGUUGCGCUUCAUCAAGCGGGCUAUGAAGAAGCACCUGGAGGAGAUUGUGCAUGUGGAGAAGGGCAAGGAGCAAACUCUAAAGGAGGUUUUUGAGACCAUGAAUCUCACAGCUUAUGAUCUCAGCGUAGACACGCUUGAUGUCCAUGCGGAUCGUAACACCUUCCAUCGCUUUGACAAGUUCAAUGCCAAAUAUAACCCCAUAGGCGAGUCUGUGCUGCGGGAGAUUUUCAUCAAGACAGACAACAGAGUCUCUGGAAAAUACUUUGCCCAUAUCAUCAAGGAGGUGAUGUCUGAUCUGGAAGAGAGCAAGUAUCAGAAUGCGGAGCUGCGGCUCUCCAUCUAUGGCCGAGCCCGUGACGAGUGGGACAAGCUGGCCAAGUGGGCUGUGGCUCACAAAGUGCACUCCAACAAUGUGCGCUGGCUGGUGCAGGUGCCUCGCCUCUUCGAUGUGUACAAGACAAAGAAGCAGCUGGCCAACUUCCAGGAGAUGCUGGAGAACAUCUUCUUGCCCCUCUUCGAAGCUACGAUCCACCCUGCCAGCCACCCAGAGCUGCACCUCUUCUUGGAGCACGUGGAUGGAUUUGACAGCGUGGAUGACGAAUCAAAGCCAGAGCACCACAUCUUCAACUUAGACAGCCCCUUGCCUGGGAACUGGGUGGAGGAGGACAACCCACCCUAUUCCUACUACCUUUACUACACAUAUGCUAACAUGGUGGUUCUGAAUCACCUGCGCAGGAAGAGAGGCUUUCACACCUUCGUGCUGCGCCCCCACUGUGGAGAGGCAGGGCCCAUCCACCAUCUGGUAUCUGGUUUCAUGCUGUCUGAGAACAUAUCACAUGGCCUCCUGCUCCGCAAGGCACCUGUGCUGCAGUACCUCUACUACCUGGCCCAGAUUGGCAUUGCCAUGUCCCCACUCAGCAAUAACAGCCUCUUCUUAAGCUACCAUCGAAACCCUCUGCCAGAGUACCUCUCUCGGGGCCUCAUGGUCUCCCUGUCCACAGAUGACCCACUGCAGUUCCACUUCACUAAGGAACCCCUGAUGGAAGAGUACAGCAUCGCCACACAGGUUUGGAAGCUCAGCUCCUGUGAUAUGUGCGAACUUGCACGCAACAGUGUGCUCAUGAGUGGCUUCUCCCACAAGGUGAAGAGCCAGUGGCUUGGGCACAACUACCACAAGGAGGGUCCUGAGGGCAACGACAUCCGGCGCACCAAUGUGCCAGACAUCCGGGUGGCCUACCGCUAUGAGACACUUUCCCAGGAACUGACCCUCAUCACGCAGGCUGUGCAGACGGAGGAACUGGAGACCAUCCAGGAGGAAGACCUUCUGACCAUGAGCUCCAGCCUGGAUGCUCGCUGAAGAAUGGCCGGCUCACAAUCUCCCCUCCAUCCCCUUCUUGGCCUGCCAAGGUGGGGCUGUCCUACAAGCAUGAAGAGACCCUGAGCAACCCACCCACCUCACCCCGGCCCCAUGGACCGUUUUAAUUUCCUGUUGUGUUUUGGUUUUUAAGCAUCUUGUUAUCUUCUGUUAUCUCCUGGAAAGGCAUUAAUGGGUUGGGAUUUUUUUUGCACUUGGUAACCUGCUGGGGCAAUGGAGGCGGGGGUGUCAGAGAAAUUCCUUUUGGGGUCUCUAGAAUGAGUGCUAGAAAGGGGGAAGAGCAUCCUGCAGGUGUUGGCAGUGCUGAUUUUGAGCAGAGACUGGACAGCAAAGAGUAAGGCUGUGGCAGAGACCUGCUGAGUGGACCUUAGAGGCGCCUGGCGACAGUUGCAUGGAGGCCAAAUGAAGCACCAGCAUGGAAGCAUGUGUCCCAGUUGUAUUUGGAAUGAGAUGCUGUGAGUGUUUGUGUGGCUCUGCCAAGGGAUAGAGCAGAGUGGUGGUGCCUUCUGCUGCGUUGGAUUUUUGUUUGUCCUCUGUUUGGCUGCUGGCAGCUGGAGUUUCUCAUUGGCCAAUAAAACAUCAUCUCUAUUUCUCUUUGGUUAGGCAGCCCUGCCUUUUAUUAUCAGAGCAGCAUGUUGGCGCAGCUCUCCCGUGCUGCAGCCUCCAGUGCACAGCGUGGCCAUGUGGUGAGAGUCUUUUCUGUCUCAAGCCCUUAAACUCUGGUGUCUUUUGCUUGGGGAAAGCACCAGUUCUCAACCCCCCUGCCUUAGGAGGCAAAAUACUGUGAGUGGCUGGGGAAUAGUGGGCCUUCGAGUCUAGCCCAGCAGGAUAAAGAGAAAGUAGCCUGCCGGGUAACUGGCAUAUUUAGCAUUUGUCUGUCCUUCUCUACAAUCAUGUAACAAAGAUGUCUUUAUCUAAGUGUAACAAGAGGAGCUGUAACACCCAUCCUAGCAGGGGCUUUUGCCUUAAGGUUGAAAUGGAUGUGACAUGGGCGUUCUGUGAUCAGCCGUCUUGAGUAUUCCUUUAUUUGUGUCCUUUUGAAACAAAAAAACACCAAAAAAAUACACCUUAAACAUUGGUUGGAUCAGUGUCACUGAGACUGCAUGUGUUAAUCCAUUUAUCUGAUCUAAACUGGUGUCCUCCCCUCACCCCACAAGCCGCCCUUAGCCCAGGAGCAGGGCAAAAAACAGUAUCUGCAUCAUAUUUGUAUUAUUCUCUUGGAACAUUUCUGCUGUUUGGGGAGUAGAUCAGCAAAAUGGUGCCCACUUCAGUACCACUGUUCCAAACAAAAUCUGACUCCUCCUCCCUGCUCUAGAAUAGCGUUGUUUUUAAACCCCACCCUGUUGGGUCAAAGAGCGGUUUCUUGCCAAUUGCUUGAGCUUGGGGAGAGCUGUUAGCUCUCAGUACGCCCUGCCACGCUUGGGCAUAGACCACGUGGGCAACCUCCUUUGUCCUCUGCAUUGGGUUGAGGAGAACAGCCUUUUGUGCCUGCCCUUGCAUAAUGCACAUGUAUGUCAAGAUCUUCUUUCUACAUUUGGCAAGGAAACAUGCCAUAGAAAUAGUUUAGCUUUCUCACCAGCAAAGUUGCUGCUGUUCUGGGAACUGACUUUGAUGCCUCCUGGUUAUUGCGAAUGGGUAAUGAAUCCUGAGGAGGCAACAGGCAGUAAGCUCUGCCUCCUGCUGAAGCCAUGUGACUCAAAAUGGAAACGCGCAGAAGAACAUGGAUCCGUGCCUUUCCCAGCUCUCCAUUGAGUCCUGUCCUGUGAAAGGUUCAUAACGGUUAGAAGGGUCCCCCCCACAGAUCUCUGGCCAAGCUGUUCACCAUCACAUAGCUUCUGAAUCUUGCUUGUGGGCAGCUCACCAUCCUUGACAUAUUGGGCCUCUGUGGCCUCCUUAGCAGUCUGUGUGCAACUAGUCGCAGUAAGGAAUUCCUCGUGAGCACAGCCGCUUGGAGUAGAAGACCAGUCUCAGACAGUGCUCAGUCCUUUCAGACUCUCGGGCAAAGUCUGCAUUGCUCAUGAAAAAAGGCUUCUCGGUGGUGAGUCGAUUGCACGGCGCCACCUCUCCCUUGCUGUUGCCAAGGCACUUUUGACCUUGUAGUUGCAAGCAGCUUUGAUUCAAUGGAAAAAUGCGUUUGCUAAACAUUAGAUGGGCAGCAGCAAUAGAAAUGGGGUUUUUAUUUUUUCUAAGGUUGGGCAGGGAGCUUGCGGAGCCCUCCCUCUAGGCUGCUGUGGACCAAAAUCUGAAGAUCCAUACUGCAGCCAGUGCCUUGCUUAAAGUAGUACAUGGAGUGUGCCAAGACUGGGUAGAUUUCCCCUUGAGCUUCUACCUCUGAAACAGGCACUUGCUCUCCUUUGUGUCCGUGUGUUUGUGUGUGUACAAGAGGGACAGGGAGAAUUCUUAGAGGGUCAAAAUGUUUUCUUUGUAUGACUGGCAUCUCACCUCCAUGGCCUGAAAGGGGGAAACCUUUUUUUCUUUCCUCCCCUACUUCUGUGCUUUUGUUUGGGUACUCGGAGAGGGCAGUGGAGGUGUUUUGCCUUGGUUUCAGCUAGCCUUGCGGAUCGGAGCCACAGCAUUUUGGUCUGUAUCUUUGUGAAGAUAACGGAAUCUCGACUCAGGGAGUUGAAUGUACCUUGGUCUAUGUCAAGAGGGUUCUCCCCUCCCCACAGAUCCCUCCCUCCUUCCUUCCUUCCUUGCCGCAACCUGCCUUGCUUCGCUUUGGUAUCUGGUGCGGCACACACCAUGUUAGUUUUUGCUUUGUUGUCAGAUGGAGAUGAAACCCGUAUCCCCCUGGCAAUCACUGCACCCUCCUAUCACACACUCUUGAUAAUUUUGACGUAGUUUGGAUAAACUAUCUGCUUGUCUGUGCUGAAAUGUGAUGUUAGAAAUCCUAUCAAACAUGAGCAUGAUCCAUCAUUAAAGAUUAUUUAAGUAA